AUGGAGGCGGCGGCGGCCCCGGCCCCGGUCCCGAGUGGCGGUCCCGGUACCCUGCUGCUCUGCCUGGUCCUUGCCUCCGGCCUGGCAGUUCUCAGCGGUGUGGGCGCCGAUGCCAAUGUCACCACAGGCCAUGGCACAGAGGGUCUCGUCUGUGGCACAGCUGAGGGAUGCACAGGGAAUGUGACACAGCUGAAGCGGCAGGGACACUUCUCCCGGUGCCCGGAGGAGUACAAGCACUACUGUGUCAAGGGGAGAUGCCGCUUCCUUCUGGCUGAGGAGGCACCAGCUUGUGUAUGUGAACAAGGCUACACGGGGGCUCGUUGUGAGAGGGUGGACAUCUUCUACCUGCGAGGUGACCAGGGCCAGAUCGUGAUCAUUUCCUUGAUUGCUGCCAUCGUCACCCUCAUCAUCCUCAUCGUCUGUGCCUGCAUCUGCAGCCACCACUGUCGGAAGCAGCGCAGGAAGAGAAAGGCACAAGAGAUGGAGACAUUAAACAAGAAUUUGCCUUCCAAAAGCGAGGAUGUGCUGGAGACUGGAAUCGUGUGAAGGAGCUCCAGGUACCUGCAGGCGGGUCCCAGACAGUGGCUGGAGUGAUGGACAAGGGCUGAAUCAUACCACAGCUUCAAUA